AAAGAGGGAAAAUGCUGUGAAGGAUUUAACUUGCCCUAAGAUUUGAGCAGGCGUUUUUUUUCGUGGUUCGCAAUAUUUAACUCAAAUCACCCAUUAUUCUUUAUAUGGUGCCUUCUUAUUCAUAAUAUUCUUAUGACAAUUAAGGCAGUUCUUUAUUUUAUUGACUUCGUUCUGGUUUUAGAAGUCAUAUCCUCAUUGAUAUCUCUAGUCUUUGGUUAAUAAAUUCUAGUUAUGUCCAAUCAUAUAGAUAGCAUACGAUCUUUCUAUGAUAUUGAUUAAUAAAUAUUUAUUUUGAUGCCCACUAAAGUUGUAUAUCAUAUAUGCUUGCUUUCAUCUUAAUUCUUAAGCCUUGUUUGGUUAAGAUUUUUCCUUUUUCGCAAUAGUGUAGCUGCUGCGAUGCAAUUGUAUGAUUUUUUAUUGGAAAGAAAAUGACAUAGCCUUUCAAUCAAUCAAUCUGUUUUAUUGUAGUUUCUUUUUUGGUCACUUAGAAAAUAUUAUGGUUUAUAAAACAUCUUUGUAAAGCACUACCUGAAAAGAUAGAAGCCUAACCAUACAAGCCUCAGGUUUUAGUGUUUUAAAGGUUUCCCCAAUUGUACUAACAUUGGACUUUAGAUGACGACUAAUUUAUUAAAAUUAUUUUCUCUUUUACAAGUAGUUUACAUUUUGGGAGUUCAGUUUCAAUCUCUUUUGAAUUGAUGAUGUUUUUUGUGAAGUUAUUGGUAUGAUUGAAAAUUCUUUGAUGUUGAUACGAAUAUUUUAAAUAAUAUCAAUGGCCUAUUAAAGCAAUGUAGUUUUGAUGCAUUCAUUUUAUCAUUGAGCCUCUUAGAUCAAUUCUCAUGCUAUUCAAUGAUAUGUAUUUUUAGAAUCAAUAAAAUUCAUAUGAAAAUAUUUUUGUUACUUUUUAUACUUAUUCAGUAAUCGAAUUAGAAAAAAAAAUCUUUUAGUUUUUUAUAUUGUAGAUCUAAUUAUUUAUUAAACACUGACAUAAUUUUUCUAAGCUUAACUUAUUGUUAUACUUAUUAAAAUUUUAUUGUAUGACUUUUGUUUAAUUUCUUAAAAUUAUAAAAAUCCUGACCAUUCCUUUGUUCUUAGAGAUUAAUAUCAAAAUGUUUUUUCUCCUAUCAUAUUGCAUCCUCUUAGACUUGAGGAUUAUUCACCAAAACAACAUAUUUCUAUAACAUUUUAUAUUACUUUGUGUCUCAUUUGGAUAUUAAACUUCACCUCUAUGCAUCAUAUUUAAGCUUACUAAAAAUUUCAUUUUGGGCUUAAAAAUUUAUAAAUCAUGGAUUCAUGAUUUCUCAUUUGGGAUUAGGAUUGGGAACAAUUAGUAUAACUAGAAGUGGAUUAAAAGGACAAAUAAUGGUGGUAGGUAGUGAUUGGGAAGUACAAGGGAGGUGGUUGCUUAGUAGUAAGUGGAGGUUUGGGAGAACAAUUUAUCCAAUACUCAUACUUCUUCACAUACUGUGGGAUACUUGUCGAAUUUCUUGGUGAACAAUACUUUAGGCAUACUCCAUGCAUGUUGCUAGUUGCAUACCUUAUUUUGCGGUUUAUACUAAGAGAUGAAACAUAUAAUAUUAUAACUAAAAGUGCAUCAAAAUCUCAGCUGUCUAAUAUCCUUCUCUUCAUGUCUGUUAUUAAAUUCUUUAGGAAGAAAGCUGCUUAUGUAAACAUCAUACUGUUAUGGUAGAAUUGAUUAGCUUGCUUCCAACAUCUGGUGAGGAGGAUGUUAGGCCGGUCGAAGAGGGGCCGGCUGCACCCAUUGAACCGGUCCCUAGUGGACCGGUUUUCUAUUACAGCCGCCGGCCCAAGGAAGGGAGAGAGAGGGGGCCAGCUACUCCUAUGGGUCCCACUCCUUUAUUAAAAAUUGUUUGGAGGGAAAUAUUUGAAUUAUGGGCUGAUCAGGGAUUUUUUAUUAUUCCUUUGACUUUUUUUUUAUUCCUUCGACUUUAAUUAGUCGCUAAUGUUAGAAUUACGGUUUCAUCUUGAAUUUGAAAUCAAAUUUGAGAUAUAGGGUUUGUGCUUUUGGGCUGUAGGAUUUGCUAGAGAAUUGGAGAGUUGUUUCUUCCUCUCAAAUUGAAAAAACUAGUAUCUUGUAUUGUUUCUCUUGUUCGUGGAUUGAAUAGAAGAAAUUUUCCUUGUGUUUCUCUCCAAUAUCCUGAAAUUCCUGCAUCAUUUUUGCUGUUUUCUCUCUGAAAUCAGCAAAUUUCUUGCUAUUUUUAUCAAUUAUUGCUAGGUUUGCUUGCGAACUUAGUAUUUCCCUUAGGGUUACUUGCGAACUCAAGUAUGUCCUAUCAGAGGACCUGAAUUUCAGUUCGCUACUUCAAUGAUGUGAACUUGUUGCGAUGCAUGGUCAGGCCUGGUGAAAACACCACCCAGCUAUGCCGCUGGACCCUGAAUAUAGAUUUUAAUGCUGACCAUUAAUGAUAUCGCUUGGUUUUUACUUCAGUGAGACCUUUAUAGAAGCUUGUCAAGGUAAAACGUAUCCAGUAUCCUUGCAUCCUUUUUUUUCGCUGUGAGGUUAAUAUUCUCAGUGCAGUUUAACUUGCUUUAGUAUAGACUCAAAAUUUUUUAUGAUUUUUCAUGAGAAGAACUUUUAGUGUUUCUACUUUCUAUUCUUCACCCAAAGUAAGAAAAAUAUGUGGUGCUUCUUCUUAGUAUUGAUUCUGUACCAAAAAAAAAGGUAAAAUGGAAGAAAGAGAAUUCCUCUCUAGCUGCUUGUCAAGGUAAUGCUCCAGUAACCUUGCAUCCUUUUUUUAAUUGUGGUAAGGUUGAUAUUCUCCUUGCAGUUUAACUUUCUUUAUUAGAGACUCAAACUUGGUAAUGAUUUUUCAUGUGGAUAACUUUUGUUGAUUCAAUUCUUCAACUUAAGCAGGAAGAAUGUGUAGCGUUUCUUCUCAGUAUUGAUUCUGUACAGCAAAAAGCUCCCCAGUCAUUAGCGAGGCGGCGGAUUUUUCUUCAUUGACUAGUGAGAAGCCUGUUUCUAGUUGAGUGAUGAGUGACAAGCUAGGUCUUCUGUGGUUUCUGUGCCAAAGUUGGUAGCCAUGAAGAUUUCUUAUUAAACUAUGGAAGUGAAAGCUGGUGCUGCUGCCAAAUAUAUGAAAAUCAUGCCCUGGACAUCACCAAUUUAGCUCUGAAGGAAAAGGCUAAAGCUGGGGAGUUUCCACCAAAAACAGGACGAGCAGUUCACCAACAUCAGCUCUACUCUACCCUUUUUAAACCCAAUCAGCCCAUACAAUCUCCACCAUUCAAAGCUCCAUAUUCCAAACUCCACCUUAACUAUCUCUACACUCCAGCCUGCUUCUCCUCUACCCUCCAAUGGCUCUCAAGGGAUCUCAACUGAUCCUAAUCAUUUCUUUCUUCAUAUCUAGCCUCUUUGCCGUCGCCAUUGCCCAAUCGUCGAGCUCAUGCACAUCAGCACUUUUGAGCCUGUCACCUUGCCUGAACUUCAUCUCACGCAACGAGACAACGCCAUCGAGCUCGUGCUGCUCGCAGCUUAGUACUGUGGUCAAGUCGGAACCGCAGUGCCUAUGCGCAGUUCUCAAUGGCGACGCUGCAUCCGGUCUUGGCAUCUCCAUUAACAAGACUCAGGCGCUCGCACUGCCUGCCGCCUGCAAGGUUCAGACGCCGCCGGUUAGCCAAUGCAAUACUGCUUCAUCACCACCGUCGACGCCGGCGACGCCAAGUGGAUCGAAAAAUGUUCCAUCUGUGGAUACAGGUUCAGCAAAUGGAAGCGCUGCUGAAAUUUCUGUUACAUUUGUUCUCAGUCUGAUGUUUGUGGUUGUGUUUUCUUCUGCUUCUGCUAUCACUAUAUGAGACUUUUUAUUGUGUAUUUUAACUUUUCUAUUGAUUAUUAUUUUUCAUGGUUGUUAUUGUUAUAUCCUUAUAUGAUUACCUUUGUCGAAUCACCAGAUUUGUAUUGGUUACUUUUGUUGUAUUAUUUGUAAGCAGAGUGAAGAGUUCAUGCA